AUGAAUGCAUCCAGCAGAGACAUCACCAGCUCCAUUAGCCACUUUAUCCUCUUGGGCUUUCCCUCAAGCCCAGAAACGCAGCUCCUCUACUUCGGACUCUUCUCAGCAACCUACAUGCUGACCCUGAUGGGGAACACAGCCAUUGUCUGUGCUGUGUGGUGGGACCUGAGCCUUCACACUCCUAUGUACAUAUUCUUGGGGAAUUUCUCUUUGCUAGAAAUAUGUUAUGUCACCACAACUGUUCCUAACAUGUUGGCCAACUUCCUCUCCACAAGCAAGUCUAUCUCCUUUGUGAGUUGUUUCGUACAAUUCUAUUUUUUCUUCUCUUUUGGAUGUGAUGAGGGCUUCUACCUUUGCAUCAUGGCCUUUGACAGGUACCUUGCCAUCUGCCGUCCUCUACAUUAUCCAUGCAUCAUGACUAAAGAGCUAUACACUGGCCUGGCCAUCUUUGGAUGGUCUUGUGGGUUUAUCCUCUUCCUAGCACCAGUUUUUCUUAUUACACAGUUGCCCUAUUGUGGCCCAUAUAUCAUCAACCAUUUUAUGUGUGAUCCUGUCCCAUUGAUGAUGUUGUCCUGUUCUGACGACACCACCACACAGCUCAUUUACUCUGCUUUCAAUGCUAUCUUCAUGGUUGGCACCUUUCUCUUUAUUCUUUGUUCCUAUGCUCUGGUGAUUCUGGCUGUGCAACGGAUGCCCUCAGCAGCAAACAAACGCAAAGAUUUUUCCACUUGUUCUUCUCAUCUGGCUGUGGUAGUCCUGUUUUUUGGCUCUGUUAUGGUGACGUAUGUUAGUCCUGGAUCAGAACACCCAGUGGAAGUACAAAAAAUUGUUACCUUAUUUUAUUCUGUGAUAACACCCCUCUGCAAUCCUUUAAUUUAUAGCCUUAGGAACAAGGAGGUGAAGGCUGCCCUAAGGAAAGUCUUUGGGACUGAAAAACUUGUUCAUAAAACAUAA